CAGGCACAGUACAUUUUAUUUCAAUGCAUGGAUUCAGUAUAUAGCCAGUUACCGUUCUCCUGCAAUAAAUAAUCUGCAAGAUUUAUCAAUUUGUGAACAAUCGAAAAUGUGACCAUCACAGCAUGUGGAUCCUCCUUUUAUUAAACAUGAACUCUAAGCAGAUCUGGAAGUUAUUCAGUAAAAUGGCAUAAUCCACAAUUACACUGGGGCUCAGGAGGAUGAGCUUCACAAAAUGGAAUUUUUUUAUGACCAUGUCCGGGAUUUUUGCUUUCAUAUUUGACAUUGGAGCAGAUUUGUGGAUUUCCUUGAAAUACUUCCAGCAAGAACUUUACCUUUUUGGGCUGUUAACCAUAUUUUUUGUUCUUGUAUCCACACUAAUAGUUCAAGCUUUUAGUUUCACUUGGUUUAAAGAUGAUUCUGAUGAGAGCAGCUAUAGUAGACUGAAAUGGAUUCUCAUUAUUCACCUAUUUCAGGCUGGUACCUUACUAAGAUACUGGUAUGCUGUUAAAUUUGGAUACCAGGCCACCCACGAUCCUAGUAGAGAGAAACGCAUGGAUACCAAGAAGAAAGCAGUGGAAGCUAUGACAGACUUGAGUAUGUUGAGGUGCUUUAAAACUUAUUUGGAAAGUGCCCCCCAGCUCAUUCUUCAACUUUACAUCCUGAUGGAGCACGGUCAGAUAACUGUAAUUCAAUAUGCAUCGAUCUUGAUAUCAGUGUCCAGUAUCUCAUGGUCUACUGUUGACUACCAGAUGUCAUUACGAAAAUCUCUUCCGGGAAAAAAGGGGAUCAGUGUGGGAUUUCCUAUGUUCUCUUAUGUGUUCUACAAACUUUUCACUUUGACCUCAUGGCUUCUCAGCAUAGUCUUCCUCCUAACCUGCAACGUUCAUAUAUUUACUACCCUUGUGAUCAUGCUAGGUAUCGCUGGAUUUUGUUGGGCUUCGAUGCAACACACGGAUUUCUGCCAAAACACAAGGAUGGAAAUAUUGUAUAGGGUUGUAGUCGGAAUUAUUCUAAUUUUUACAUUUUUCAAUGUGAAAGGAUCCAGAACAAGAAUUCCCAUUUCUGUUUAUUAUUGUGUUCGGGUUUUAAUGACAACAGGGAUUCUAACUUUGUGCUUCUACCUGAAACCUGCCUUUAUAUUCACUUUCAUAUUUGCUGUACUCAGUAUUGCUGUUGUGGCAGCUUUGGGAUUUGGAAUUUUGUUUCUGAUUAUCUAUUAUGCUUAUUUCCAUCCAAGCCUACAUUUUACAGAUCAGACUUCGGAGGAUACAGUGGAUUAUCCUGCCAGUAUGGGUAAGAGUAGAAUAACAAAUUUCAUGAGGCCUUAGAAAAUCUAUCAUUGCACGAAGACCUAAUUAGGUAUCCUAGGAAUUUUCAAAACAUCACAAAUCUUCUACAAGACUUUCAACCUGAAAACAAUUGCAAUUUCUGCCAACUACUGCACAGGAUGGAAUUUAUUUGCCGCUUUCCAGAUCUGGACUGGUUAUAGCAUUUUCAUAUUUGUUACCUAAUACAAACUUGUUGAAGUUAUCUUAACUCUAAACACAUACAUUCUCUUUGUGAUAUAUUGGUUUGUUCGUGUCCUUCUGCAACCACCCCCAAAGACUGCUUUAUCUUAAAUGCUUCCAUUUGUGGUUUCCAUCAAUGCCUUUAUGUCAUGUAGGUAGCGUUGCUUGUGUACAUUAAGACUUAAUAGGAAAACAUCUCUCUGUUUACAGGUGUAUCCUAGGCACACAGAGCUGAGCUGUGUUGUGUUCAAGGGUAAUGGUGUAGAGAAGGCUUUGGUGAAAACAAACAAGGAAGUCAGAAAGAUAAGUUAAUGUAUUUAAUUAAAGCUAUAGUAGGGCAUUUACCGUAUAAUGUACUAAAUCAAAUAAACUUUAACUUUACAGAAAAUUUUAAAUGAUUUAGAGGCAUAGUUAUGAAAGGAUGAAAAGCCCUAUUUCUUGCAGAAAUGGAAGGGUUUAUUUUCCAGCUAUAGCGCUUAUACAGUAUUUGCAUUUUGUGUUCAUCAAAUGGGUCAUCAUGGUUUAACUUACUGGCUUAGACCAUACUUGCUAACUUUUUCAAAAAGUCCGUUCUGGGAGAGUCCUGGUGGUAAAUGCAAUAGGGUCUGAGUUGCCGGAGGUGUGGGACUUUGGCAAGAAUGCCCGUAUUAUUAAAGAUGCAAUUAUUUACAAGGCAAAUCCAGGAUAAUAUUACAUUUACCCCCUGGAGGGAAUAACCUUGUCGAAGGUGCAGGUGAUUGUGGUGCUACGAUCAAGUCAUUGUGGUCCAGACCCUCGCUAUUCAAAGCCAAGAUUUGUACCAUUGUACAGCAGGGGCUGAGCUACAAAGGCAUGAUUCAAUGCAAAUUACAUCAUCAAACUCCGGACCAUCCACUUCACACAGGGAGCUGGAAUGUAGGUGGCUGGCCCAAUCUCUUGGGAGUCCAACAAAGCCUCCUGAAAUUCAGAACAUUCCAGUAGAGUUGGCAUGUAUGGCUUGGGUCCCUCAUGUCUUUUGCUUGGUGCGGCCUAUUUAACAAGUAUUGUGGUGGUAACAGACCAUGCGUCUACCAGCUUUAAGAACGAAAAAAUAUUUGAAAACAUUACUGAAGGCCUGAACACCCUAUGGCUGGUUGACGUCAACCACCAGCAUAGACUGAUAGCUGACAGAGUAUGCUGGGACUUACAGUUACAUAACUACUGGAGAGCCACAGACUGUCCAGGCAGGGCCGUCUUAACAGCAGUGUAGGCCCCUGGGCACAGCAAUGCACUGGGCCCCCUACCCGUCCUCCAGCGGCAGGGGUGGGGGUGCUAUCAGCGGCAGCUUUGAUGUCCCGCAGGCGGUAGGGGGUGUUCUAUCUUCCGCUCAGCAUGUAGGACCUGGAGCAGUAAUUUCUGCUAAUAACUCAUUUACUGCACAGAUGGGGCUAAACUGUAGAAGGGGGAAUUGGGCUGAAUGAAGGGGCCCCGGUACAUGACUUCCAGGGUGGUAGGGGGUGUUUAAUGCAUAGGGGAGGGGUGGAUAGUGGAGUGGGCUUAAUAUUUAUCAUUUUCCGGUGGGAGGGCAGCUUGCUUGACUGCAGAAAUCUCAAGUUCCUGAAAAUAUAUUUCUUAGCUUUGAAUGGGAUAAAAAAAACUACAGAGUCCCAUCUUUCAGGAGGUUCUGCGGAGUUGGGGAUCAGACUUCAGGAGCCAAAGCAAUUCACCAAUGAAAAUCUAAACCUGUACAUUAGGCGUGUGGAGCUGGAGCAGGGACUGGCUGCUGGAAGGCUGAUAUCUCUAGUUCUGGGCAUAGUAGAGACAAGCUGUCAGUGUCCACCAAAAGGGGAGAGUCGCAGCUUUUGGACCAUACCCUCAGAAAAACUCUUAAGUCAGUCAAAACCCGAGAUAUCUGGCUGGGAAGAACAAUUAACAGGCUUGGUUGGGGACCACUGCUUUCAAGUCAGAUAUCUCCGGUUCCCCAGGGCCGAUUUUCAAAAAUCUGGUACCCCUGGAAAGAGGGGACCCUCAGCUAUCAGCCUAGGGCCCUUAUACUCCUGGGCCCUUGGGCAAGAGCCCAUUGAGCCCAUACGAAAAGACGGCCCUGUGUCCAGGCCUGCAGAAAUGUUUUAAAAUAUUUCUUAGUUUCUUAAGCCAGCUGAUGCAAGCUCACAUCCAGAGACUGACCUCAGCCAGGGUUUUUUUUUUGAUAAAAAACACACUUCGAGCUGGGGGUCAAGGCGCCAAUUGAUAAAUGUGCCCCAGGCUGUUUUUUCUCUUUUACAUCAUACAUAGAAAUGGUGAGAUAAACAUAAACUAGGCUACAUGCCACACACCGUUUCAAUCUUGUUUUCCAAAAGUACAUUCAUUACGGACAGAAUGUUUAUUGCUGUUAUUGAUCCAAGAUGUGUUUGGUAUUUUUAUUGGCCGCAUGUCAUGGGAGACUGAGUGGAUGUAGCGGCUGAGUAAUGUCCAUGCCCUUCAGUCAGAGCUCUUCAAAAUGUGUCCAUAAUAUAUUUGGAAAAUAAUGAAACGUCUCUCUUUUGGGGGUAUGCAAAACUAUUUUAUCAUUGGACCUGAAGAUGUCAUCAAUUCUCAUAGGCAGUCAUUAGAUAUCUACUCUCAUUUUCUUUAGUCUUCAUGCAUAAGAAAGUGUUGUAAAUAAAAUGUAAUAUUUUUUUAUUACUGUAUCAAGUCACAAUACUCUAAAAUUGAAUAUUAAAAAAAUGAGGGUACAUUUAUGAGGAAGAAGUGGAGGGACAUCAGGUAUAUUCAUGAAGCAGUGAAAAGAGUGGAGAAGUGAGUCAGUGGAGAAGUUGCCCAUGGCAACCAAUCAGCUGCUACAUAUAAUUUUAUAGAAUGCAUUUAAUAAAUGCUGAUUGGUUGCCAAUGCCAUGGGUGAAUUCUGCACUGGCACACUUCUCCACUCUUUGCACUGCUUCAUGAAUCUACCUCAUGAUGUAGUAUUAGGAUACAAUUCUUCUACUGAUACCAUAACAUGACAAUAUCAAUGGCAUAGCCAGUACUUUGUGGGCCACAUAGCAACAUUUUGUUUUAUUUUUUAAAACUCUUUAUUUAUAUCAGGAGAGACAAAGAAAGUAUACAAAACAGAUUCAAUUGUACAAU